AUGCAAAACCUCAAUGACCGCCUGGCUUCCUAUCUAGAAAAAGUCAGGGCCCUGGAAGCAGCCAACGUCGAGCUGGAAACUAAGAUCAGCCAGUGGUAUGAAAAGCAAGUUGGCAUUGGAGCUGGCAAUGCAGCCAAUGAUUACAGCAAAUACUUUGACACAAUCAAUGACCUGAGGAGCAAGAUCCUGGCUGCCACUGUUGACAACUCUACUAUUUUACUGCAAAUUGAUAACACCAAACUGGCUUCUGAUGACUUCAGGCAAAAGUGGGAGUAUGAGCAGUCUCUCCGCCAGAACGUGGAAGCCGACAUUAAUGCCCUCCGCAAAGUCCUGGACGAACUGACAUUGUCCAGAGGAGACCUUGAACUCCAGAUUGAGAGCCUUUCUGAAGAGCUGGCCUACCUCAAAAAGAACCAUGAGGAGGAAAUGCAAGUCUCAAGAAGCAGUGCCGCUGGCCAAGUUGAGGUACAGAUGGACGCUACACCAGGAGUGGAUCUCACUAGUAUCCUGGAUGAUAUGAGAGCAAACUAUGAAGCUCUGGCUCAGAAGAACCGAAAAGAUGUUGAAGCUCAGUUUCAAAAGAAGAGUGGUGAAUUGAAGAAGGAGCUUUCAGCCAAUGUGGAAGAGGUGCAGUCAAGCAAGACUGAAGUCUCUGACCUCAGACGUACCCUCCAAGGCUUAGAGAUUGAGCUGCAGUCUCAGCUGGCAAUGAAAAAAUCCCUUGAAGACACCUUGGCUGACAUAGAUGGCCGCUAUGGUGCUCAGCUCCAGCAGCUCCAGCAAGUCAUCGGUGGGCUAGAGGCGCAGCUCCAGCAGAUCAGAUCAGACAUGGAACGCCAGAGCACGGAAUACCGGGAACUGCUCGACAUCAAGACCAGACUGGAGAUGGAGAUUGAAACGUACCGCCGCCUGCUGGAGGGAGAAUUAUAG